AUGUCUGAUCAUAUUGACUGGUUAUGCAUGCAGGUAGAUUUCUACAGCCCAACAGGACAGCAAGAUCAGGAGAGGAAAGUGAUAUGUUUCAUUGAUAUGUCCACCCUGAAUGUGGAAGAUAAAAAUUCCAAGGAUGCUGCUGGUUGCAGUUUGGAAGGUGACUUAAGCCUAGAAAAUCUAGAAGAAAAAGAAAUUACUGUUAUCAAAGAUAGAAUGGAGGGAUCUGUAUGCCUUUUCAAACAAGCUCCCUCUGAUCCCCUAAGUGUCAUCAACUGGCAUCUUAAUGAUCUCCAGAAGUAUGCCUUGGGUUUCCAACAUGCACUGAACCCCUCAGCCUCUAGCUGUAGACAUAAAAUAAGAGACACAGAGGGCAAAUAUCAGAAAUUACCUUUGGGGAACUGCUACAGCGUCUAUGCUGAUCAAUUGAACAUGGAUUAUAUGGCCAACAGACAUCAGAGUCUAUGUCUAGGAAUGACGGCAGCCAAAAACACCAAAAAUAACCAGAGUCCUUCGACUCCUCCAGGCAAAUCUCCUAGAGCUCAGAGGGAAGUCUUCUCCCCUGAUGGUGAAUGUUGUUACAUAGGUGACCUUUCCUAUUAUGUCAAAUGACUUUCUUCUCUGGUAAUCCAGAUGGCCCAUAAAGAAAUCAGCAAAUGCCUUCACCAUUCUAUUUAUCCAUUCCCUGAAGACAACAGGAAAGACAGCCCCCACAGUGCUGUAAGCAAGAUCACUUCUGAAAUGGUCCAUGAUGCUGCAGAAGUCACCUCUGCGGAAAUGAGGGGCCCUGGGGAAGAGUGCAGGAAAGGCGGGCAGAAAACCUUUCUAUAUAGUAAGUUAUCCAACAAGAACAAGUGUGGAAAAAAACAGGUGUGCCAAAGAGAUAGCAAAGAAUUUGCAGAAUCUAUCAGCGAAGGGCUCAUGGUUUAUGCAAAUCAAGUGGCAUCUGACAUGAUGGUCUCUGUUAUGAAGACCUUGAAAGUGCAUAGUUCUGGGAAGCCAAUUCUAGCCGGUGUGGUCCUGAAGAGGGUGCUGUUAAAACACACAAAGGAAAUUGUGUCCGAUUUGACUGAUUACCACAUGAAGAACUUGCAUAAUACCACAGGGGACCUGAUGACUGACUCAGACUUUGUCUCAGCUAUCAAGAGAAAUCUGUUCAACCCCGGGAAACAAAAUGCUGCAGAUAUCAUGGAGGCCAUGCUGAGUCGUCUGGUCAGUGCUCUCCGCGAGAUAAAGGAGACUAAAUCCCAGAGUUUGUCAUAUGCAUCUUUGAAAGCUGGGUCCCACGAUCCCAAAUGCAAGAAUCAAAGUCUUGAAUUCUCAGCCAUGAAAGCUGAAAUGAAGGGGAAGGACAAGGGCAAGGUGAAAACACAGCAGUGCAAGUCAUUGCCCGGCGCUGAAAAAGUCAGUGAACAUAUUCUCAGGGAGAGCCUGACCAUGUGGAACCAAAAGCAAGGAAACCAAGGAAAGGUGGCUAGCAAAGCAUGUGCCAAUAAAGAGGAAAAAAGAGAAAAGCUCCCCCCAUCCACAGAUUCACUGGCAAAGGACUUGAUUGUCUCCCCCCUCAAGCUGAUCCAGUACCUUCUGACCCAGCAGGCCAAGGGCAAAGAUGCAUUUGAAGAAGACUGUCCUAGAACUUUCAUGGGUUAUAUGCAUCAGAGCACCCAAUACAAAAAGUGUGGAAGUGGCCAAAGUGCCACACUUUCAAUGAAACAUGGAGCUCCUGGGCCAUCCACCUCACUAAAGGAGAAUCAACAGGUGGACUCUAAGAAGCUGUAUAUGUCAAACAUUGUUCUUAUGCUGAUUCAGAAACUGCUUAGUGAUGGCUCCUUCAACUGUGAUGCACUCUCUGAAGGUGAGAACAAGCAUUCUGAGCCCAGAACAAACAAAGCAGUUUCCAUGUCCAAGAGGCCUGACAAGGGGGAAGAACAAUCCCAGGACAUGCUUGAAUUUGACUUUAUCAGUGGGCUAAAGCAAAUGAAUUGGCAAUUUAUAGAUCAACUCGUAGAAUCUGUGAUGAAACUGUGCCUUGUCAUGGCUAAGUAUAGUAACAAUGGGGCAGCCCUUGCCGAAUUGGAAGAACAAGCAGAAUUGGCAAACAACCACAAUUUCCAGGUCGGUGGUCCCAGAUGUAGUCACGAUGUUGCGAUGCCACAGAACUAUCAAGACUCCCUUGGGUCUGAAGUCAUCGUCAAUAAUCAGUGCUCAACAAGUAACUUGCAAAAGCAGCUCCAAGCUAUCCUCCAGUGGAUGGCAGCCUCCCAGUUUAAUGUGCCCAUGCUCUACUUUAUGGGAGACAAUGAUGGACAACUGGAGAAGCUUCCUGAAGUUUCAGAUAAGGCAGCAGAGAAGGGGUACAGCAUAUGAGAUCUUCUUCAAGAGGUCAUGAAGUUUGCCAAGGAACAACAACUGGAUGAAGCUGUGGGCAACAUGGCUAAAAAACAACAGCUAGACUAGCUGCUCACUAACCUGUGA